UGGCGAAUGUUACUUCGACCCAUAGCUUAACAAAGACCGAUUUUCCAACCAUAAUUCCGUUUUCUUUUCAGCCCUAGCGGUUGCUUCAGAGAAAGUCGCCUCAGGAAUCAAUUGAACAUUUUCACUUUUAUGGCCACAGAUAAUCUUGUCUGUGAAGAGGGUUGGCUGAAGCUCAGAUCCUCCUGUUACUUCAUGAGUAAAAUGUCAACCACUUGGGAAGUGGGCCGUCAAGAGUGCAUAGCCUUGAAUUCGGAUUUGGUCAAAAUCACUCGUGACGAAGAGUACAAAUUCCUCCGUAAACUUAUAAACCUUAACAACUACUACAUAGGACUAAGUGACCUGCAAGAAGAAGGGACCUACAGAUGGGUUGCAGAUGACACCAUUCACCAAAUCGUUAAAUCAUGGUGGCGUGAAGGUGAGCCCAACAAUUCCUCUUCAGGAGAGCACUGUGUCCAUUACCACUAUCCUGACGAGGGUCUCAAUGAUAUUUCGUGUGACACUAAGUUCAGGUACAUCUGCGAGAAACCUGGCCACCUGGCUUAGAACCUCGCUUCUGUGCCAGAUGAAGAAACAACCGCAGAAAAGUGAAAUGGAAAAUGGAUUAGGCCUAAGAGUAGAUUUCUUGCCAAGUGUCUACAUAAAGUGAAAUUGCCUGCUUGUGUACUUGCAUUUCUUGAGCUGUAUCUUGUUGGACAACUUCAUAGUUCAUGUUGACAUUUCUUUAAUUAGCAGUAAUAUAACUGCAACAUUCAAGUUUACAUACAAACUGAUAUGCUUAACUAUUUUAGAAAAGGGACUUUUUGGCUACAAAACACUCCCCACAGUAAUUAUUAUGUGGAACUUAGGUAUAAAGUUAUCUGGGUACCCAUUCGGUAGGAGAACUGAAGUGCUUUGUGAACUAUGCUUGUUUCAGAGUAGUUUUUCUGGGAUGUCUUACUUUCUCCAAGAUGAGAAACCACUUCCAUUAUCUAGGAAAGUGGGUUUUUAAUUUCAAUGAAAUAUGGUUGAUCUAAUAUGAAAGGCGAUUGAAUCUCUCAUGAGACGAUUUUUUUUCUAUAGUACUCUAAUUCCUUGUAUUGCACUACAAAUAACGGAAGUGUUGUGUUGACAUAAACUGUUCUUUAAGAACAAGGCAUAUAAAUCUUUAAACACUACUUUUGUCUCUGUGGCACGAAUGAAACAAAACGUAAAAGAACUGUUCUUAGGUUUCAAUUCCCUUUCCCUUGGCCAGAGGAAAUCUCCUUCAGUCAGACGAGCAGACUUCUUCCUGUAUGUCACAGGCAGUCAGCAACCAAUUUUGGUUUCAUUUCUUCCUUGGGACAUUUUUAUUUAUCUUUUUGGGACAUGUGCAUGCUGUAAUGCAAAAGUUACCUUAGCAAAUUCUACAAAAAUAACAUUCUUUCUCUGAAAAGACGGCCAAACUACUUUUUGGAUUCCUUACAAGAAACAAACAAGCAAUACUCCACCGGGAGAAAAUCUCAGAAAAUUUGUCUGAAAAAAUUCAGCUGUUGGUUAAAAUAUACUGCUUUGUCAAAUGCAGUCCAUCUUUACCUCAUUGCUUUCCAACACACUUCUGUAUUUUCAUCAGCACUACUUUAAGCGUAAGGUCAGACAUGCAAAUUAUAUUCAGUAUUCUAUUUCAAUAUUCUAUGUCCUCUCCUGCAUCUAUAUGAAAUCCCAUCUAGCAGAAAUAAUACUGUAUCUUAAAAGACAAGAACUAGGUUUGGUCCAUAAUACUGUAUCUUAAAAGCCAAGGACUACGCUAGAUCUGUAUAUUUGACUGAGUCAGUAAGGUUUGACUAAAAUUUACUGUAUCAAAAAUCAAAUCAACUUCUUACUUGUACCAACCUGACCGUUUUUAUGAUAUUACUCUUUUUCCGAGUUGAUAUUUAGCAAUGUUACUAUAUCCAUCUGCUAUGUAUUUGACUGAUUAUGAAGGUGAUGGAUAACAUAAAUGUAAUUCCAAUGCCAAAUAAAGGCUUCAUUCAAAAUAUAUGAACAACAUUAUCAAAUAUCAACGCUUAUUAUAAUCAAAAUUAACACUUCUCUGUCAUACCCAAUAUAGCAACAUGCAGAAAAUUUCAAUCAUUCAGCAAAAUGCUUUGUCAUUUUUGUACAUCAAAUACAUUCACUAAUUACAUACAGAGUAAAAAGAACAUAUGAAUACUGUAUAAUAUUAUUGUAAAGAAAAUUAAAGAGCUGAAGCAAAUCUAUCCCAGACCCUUGACAGCACUGUAGUCUCUUAUACAACAGUUAAUUACAUAGGCAAUUUUAAAUGAAAUGCAUGUAAGUUUAUAAAUCAUAUACAUCUAAAUUUCUAAAGAAUAGUUCAUCCAUACAGAGAUUAUUUCAUUGGAACAGUUUUUUGAGCUGCAACCUUUGACAAAUUCAACAGAACUACAUUUCCAAUUGAUAACUCUUCUUCUUCAUCUGACUCAUCAUAUUCCUCUGCUUCACUAUCAAUGUCACUUUCUUCAUCGGGAACUUUUUCAGUUUGAUCACUGAGACAAUCAGGAACUAUGGGACCAAUAAACCAAUUCAGCGUG